CGCACGGAAAGGCAGCAUAAUAACCAACGACAGUAACUGUUACGGCUUGACACUUUAGCUUUUAGCCUGCACACAAGAAACAGCUUCGGUCGUUUAAAGAAAUUGCCUUUCACAAUGUCAGCAGCCGGUCCAGAAGGUGCUGGCGCCGCGUCAGGCAACAAGCGCUUACAGCAGACCCAGGCCCAGGUGGACGAGGUGGUGGAUAUUAUGCGUGUCAAUGUGGACAAGGUGUUGGAACGAGACCAGAAGCUGUCUGAGCUGGACGACAGAGCCGACGCCCUGCAGGCCGGAGCCUCCCAGUUUGAAACCAGUGCUGCCAAGCUGAAAAGGAAGUUCUGGUGGAAGAACUGCAAGAUGUGGGCCAUUCUGAUAGCUGUCAUAUUGAUCAUCAUUGUCAUCAUUAUUAUUUGGAAUUGCUCCUAAAACCCCAACAAAAAUGAGAAGAGGAGGAGGAGUGGAGAAUACAAUGAAGAAGAGGAGAACAGCACAGUUCAUAUUUAAUCUCUGAGGAAGUCAACAUGCCAUUACUGGCAACUGAGCUCCACACAGUUUUUCUCCUGGCAGGAGAUCUUCAUUCCUUGUCCUGGUUUGCCCUCAGUGUGUGUGUGUGUGUGGGUGUGUGGGUGUGGGGGGGGGGGGUGUUCACAAAUGUGCCUGAGUAAGUGGAUGUCACCAUACCAGAGUUUAACCCUGCAUUACUACGACAUACCAGACAUCUUUAAACUUUUAAUGGAGUUUUUUGCAACUUGCCAAAGACAGCAGAAACAUAUAGAAACAGGUCAAUCAUUGAACUUGAACUCAACAAAAACAUAUGAAAGAAAGAAUAAAUAAGCAAUCUUCAAAUGUAUAAAAAAAAAAAAGCGCACACACAUACUUCAAACUCAGGACUAGAAUUGAAACUUGCGAAUGUAAACUCUCUUCAACUUAUAUUGACUUUUUUAUGUUUGAUUAAUAGCCAUUGAUUUGUGUGUGCCAGACUAAGAGAAGUGCCUUUGAGGAUAUACUGGUCUGUGUUAGUUUGUAUUGUAACAGUCACCCUGCAUAUCAAUGAAUACAUGAUCCCUUUCAGACGCAUACACAUUUGUACUUUUCAGAUGCCAAUUUUUCUCCUCAUUUUUAAACAAAAUGUUUUGCUAUUCUAUCAUGUUUUGAUCUAGUGCUGUGCCCCUUCUAAAUGUGCCUCUUGGUCUCUGGUAUUGCUGCUUUCAUCAUUCUCAAGAACCAGUCAUUCAAAAAAUGUCACACUCAACUCUGUGUGUCUUUGGCUCCUGGGCAAUACAUCCGCCACGAUUUAUAUAGUUUUAUCCCCUAGCAAUUUUAGAAUAAAUGCUUUAUUUAGCUGCAAACGCUCACACAAAUAUGGACAAAAGAAGUUAGCAUGCUGUUUCAAACACUACACAGUGUGUACAUUACACACCCCCACAUAUAUGUUCUUCCCUUGUCUCCCCAGAAAUAUGCCUUCCAAGUGUGAAGUCUAUUGUAUGAACGGUUUUUGAGGAAAUUGAAGGACAGACAGACAUUCUGACAGAGACUCCUUCCAUUAUAGUUAGACGUCUCAGUCAACCUGGGAAUGAUGGGAUGAGUUUGCCUUAUUUUAUUUAUUCACAUGGUUAACUGUUAAUACCUUUCUCUGUGUAAGAUGUUUGAUUUUUGGAUUGAAUAAAGAGGAAUUUCAUUGGUCA